AUGACCUACAUCUUGUAUAUUAUCUUGCAAGAUAAUAUACAAGAUAAUAUACAAGAUUGGCUCAACAAGUGGCCAGUAGAGUUUAAACAAACUAUGUGCAAAGAUGUUGUUGUUGCAGGAAUGGGCGGCUGUGGGUGUGGUGCGGGCGGCGGCGUGGCGACGGUGGGCGUGGGCGGGGUGUGUCAGUGCCAAUGUCCACCCUCUACGCCCACAUUCAGGGACGACUCCGCCCACUGCGUCUCGACGCUCGACGAGUGCUCCCUGGCGGACUUCGUCAGUAGCUCUGGGUCGGAGAAGAUCCCUUAUGUGUACAUGCCGCUCAAGCACCAGCUCGUCCACCCUACGGCUGAAGUCGCCCUCUUAGGUCUGGAUCACGGCGGAUCUCCCCUCAAGUCGCCUGUGUGUGUGGUGACGAAGGGCGGCCUCCUCACCCACCAGGGCUGGGAGAACAUGGCCAACACCUCUACCUUCGAGCCUCCCUUCAGAUUGUUUCGAGAGAGCGGGAGGACCUACGUGCAGUGGGUCGGGGAGGCGGCGGCCAGGACGUCGGUGGAGGGCCGCCUGGUGCUGGUCACUCUCAUCUGUCGGGACGCUGCCCAGCCCGACACCCCGGUCUUCAGCCCCUGCCUCGCCUUCAGGGUCGCCGGCAGUCCUGGAGGGUCAGAGGCGGCGCUCUCCGCCCCUGCUGGUGCUGGGGGCGACGACAGAGGGCUCUCCUCAGGGGAGGGCAUCAUCAUUGGUCUAGUGGUCACCUGCCUCGCCAUCAUCUACGUCGUCGGCAUGACCAUCUACAUCAAGGUCAAGAGGAGGAGGGGCAAGGAAGCCAAGAUAGCCAAGCUCUCGCAAGAAGGUGGGCGAGCCAGGAAAACUCGCGCCAGGAGGGAGAAGGCACGUCCCUCCCCCAAGCCCUCCCUAGUGUCGUCCUCGGACGACCUGGACCACGAGGACAUCGAGGACCUCUCUCAGGCGUCCAGAGCUCGUAGGGCCAACAGGGAGAGGAGCCACGUAUGCUUCACGACGGCCGUGGUUCACUCGGCCGGAGCCAGCAGGAGCGGCAGAGUCCUGCGCUCAGCGGCACAGGACGCCGCCGAAGGAAUGGAGAGAGCUCCAAGAUCCCAUUUGGCUGUUGUUGAGACCCUCGGUGAGAAUGACGAAAGCGAGAGAGGUGUGCGGGCCCUGUCAGUCUUGAGCUCUGAGGAAGGCACGGAAGGGAAUUUGGGAGGAAUUCAAGAAGCCCAGGCUAAGAAGAAACUCUACUUCAAUCCGGCUUACUUUGAGCCAGAAAUGCUGCAAUCUCCACCGCCAGCGGCUCUAGAGUUCCUCGUGCGAAUACGUGAGAUGAUAAACAUUGCCAAAGGCAAAAUGAAGACCAAGACUUACCAGCCAAGUCUCGUUGACAUCCCUGAGGAAGACUCUGAAGGGCAAUCACGUCCAGCGAGCAGGGCAAAUGGAAGGUCAAGUACGGUGACCCUCCCAAUAGAUGGACUCGAGAAAUGUGAUAAGGAAGGCACCCACCAGAGUGAUUCCAGCAUCCAGAGCGACUCUCUAGAACUGCGUGACACUGACAGUCGAAGUUCCACGCUCAGAAGACUCGCCCGGCGGGUUAACAGCCAUGGCGAGAGCUUCGUUAGUGAAAUCAUCAAAACUCUUGACCUAAAACCCAGGCUGCCAAACAGAGAAAGCACUUAUGCAGCACAGUCUCAGAAAGCUCCAGCUCCCAAACCCCCACCUCCUAAGCCAAUUAACGCUCGCAAUGAGUCUCCAGUCGAGGCCGAAGAUGACUUCCCGGAAUUGAUCAAACCAUCAAUGCUGAGGAGUGUUCUGAGGGACGGUAAGAGACUGACCGAACUCAACAACACUUUUGAGAAUUUUAGACAGGAAAUGAUAGCAACUUUCCAUAGGAUGAAGAAGGUUGGCGAAGCUAUAUCUCCCAUGUCAACUCUUAAUAGAACGAGAAAUAAAAACAAAUCAUCUCCAGGAAACACACUUGAGAAGAAUAAGUCUGAGUGUAAUGAAGGAAAAGUGCACAAGUGGCUGCAGACACUGGAGAGCAAAAAUUCGUAUACCAGAAUGCCUGAAAAUAAAAAUGUUGUUUUUGAUUCUAAGGCAGCAAUGGUAGUGGAUGCUGUGCCUCCGCCACUACCAGAGAAGAACACCAAGCCACCCACACCGCCUAGGAAACACCGAACACUGGCAUAUCGUAGUGCCUCUUUCACCGAGAUUAAGGAACCUUCUUCCCUUCACUCUUUGUCUGGUAAUGAAAUUAGCAAAGGUAGCAGUGAAGGAAGAAAUCGUUCAUCAUCGGGUAAGGCUCAAGUGGCCAGAUCAUUGUCAUGGCAGAGUGAGCAUCGUCACUAUGACCUAAACCGAACUUCCCAGAAGAUUCCUCUGGGCACAGACGACAGCCUCAAUACAUCUUUUGGAUCUGAUGAUGACUCCCUUAAUGAUUUGCUGAGCGAGGCAGAAUCAAAAGUGCCCAAGAUGACACCCAGUGAUUCGGAUAGUGCAUAUUCCGAUACAAAGCCUCGAAAUAAAGAUUUUUCAGAUCUUGGGAGAGAUGAAACUAAUAUAGAUUCAAAGUCUCUGUCGAGGCAACUGCCCCGUGAAGAGGAAAUAACAGCUAGGAAUGAGGUGUUUAAUAAGAAAACUGGUACGAAAACUAUGUCACGCCUGCUAAAAACGAGUGAGAGUCUAUACGCGAGGGUGAGAGAAGAAAAUAAUACAGAUGAAUAUUGCCAUGAGCACACGUACGAGGAAAUACGCUUCCCUGCUGGAGGAAAACACAGACAAAAGCGGAAAGCCCCACAGAAACCAAGUAUCGGCAAAACCAACUUGAAUGAAACACGGGGUGCAGAGGAGAAAAAGAAGGGUGAAGUUGAAGAAAGUUCAUGCAAUAUAUACAGCAACCCCGAUUCCCUCGUCAGUGAAGUCACGAUUGACAAGAGCACCAGUCCCGUCUACUCCGGCUGCAAGGUCACCAUACCUGUGGUUGGCAAUAUGGAUCUCGACACACUUGAAGCUCCGUCAGGGUUCGAUCAAGACACUCUGGAGAAACGUGGCAAGAAAGUUGAACGCAAUGGUAGUAUUAUACAGGACUCUUUAGAGAGACCGAAGGUUAAGAAACGCAACAGUAAUAAGAAUGAAGAGAACAAUGAUGAUUCUUCAGCACAAAGAAAAAAGUCUCACCCCAGUGAAAUAUUAAUAAAUAAUGAUAAAAGUCUUCUUGACAUUUAUGAGUCGAGAAGCAGUAGUCGCAGCUUAAGAAGCUUGAGGAAUGACUCCCCUGAGCUCUCGUGCACUCCCCUUACGUUGUCCAACCCUUCAUCACCGACCAAAAUGGGUUCAUUCUAUCUCAAUAAUAUCAACAAUAGCAGGAAUAGCACCAAUAACAACAUUAUUUGUAGCAACAAUGAUGCUCAGAAAAAGUACCGAACCUUUAAAGAUUAUCAAGAAAUGCGCUUCCAGCGAGGCUCAACUGAUUCUGAUAUUAGCAGCAGUCCUCUUCCAGUCACAGGCACCAGUAUUAACUUCAACUUCCGGAGUUCAAGUCCUUUAAACAAGGAACAAAGAGACAUUAGACCUCCUCUGCCUCCAAAGCAGUUACGUUCGCCUGAGAUCAUCAACAACCCCUCCCCAGACUUGCCUCCUAGGAACCAUGAUAUCCCUCCACCACUACCUUUGAAAACAAUCAGAAAAUCGGAUGUGUCAGAUUUGGACACCGAUCGACCAAAACUACCAGAAAAAUCGCGUAAGAAGCCUACCAAAGAUAUGCCUAUCUCACGGCCCUCCAGCGGGAGUUCGAUUCCAGAACUUACUGAAGAAGAAGCUCGAUCCAUCCUUCACGGACUUCUUGCUCAUACAGUUUCAGACCCCCAAAGGCUAUCGCCUCUACAUGAAGAAGACGAUGCUGAAGGUAAUUUUUUAGGGGUAGGGAACACUGUCGCCGACUCUGAAUCUCGGGCCAGUGUUCCCUGCCUCGAUACCUUUUCCUUGGGUUCCUUAGAAACACCGAUUUCUUCCUUAUCCCCUUCACCUCACUAUGACAGGAAGGAAGAAAUUAACAGAUGCCGAGGUGAAAGAGUAGAGACCAGUUUAGGCCGUCAAAUUGUGAACGGUGAGGGUAGUUUGAAUGACCCAGGGUCUCCUGGAAGCGAGGCAAGGGUAAGUGGAGAGUUUAUUCUUUCCACAAUUGGUCGCACACACUCACUACUUCGACAAUCGUCUCUCAGCAGAGAGCAAACUUGUGGGUUCUUAGCCAAGCUAAAGAACAUUUCUGAUGAAGACAUUGACAGUGUGGCUAUAUCUAAAGGAAUGGGGAUUGCUUUGGCUCUGAAAGCUAAGUCCGAUCUAGAAAAGCAUUUUAAAGAGAAAAGUGGGGCUGAUAGCAUUAAGCGAACUUGGAGGAAAAUAAUAGAAAAAGUUGAUGAUUCCAAACAAGGAAAGGAUAAGAUUUCUGUGAUACAACUUCAACAGUACAUGGCAAACCUGGACCAGAAGGAAAGAGAAACAAAGCUCAAACAAGAAGAUUCAGGAUAUCACAGUACAGAUUCCAGCGAGUCAGCCAACAGUUGCUCCAGUCAGACUUCCAUGUCGUCAACGGCUAUCUCCUCCACAUCCACAUUUGCCCCUCCACCAACACCAGGGCUUGCUGGAAAGCGUCAAGCACGACCCGUUUUAUAUAACAAUACUGUGAACGGAUCACACCACCUGCAGCGUUCUACAUCCAUGUAUCAGUUGGGUUCACUUGCCUCGAAAGAACAGACUUCGAGCUACUGGUACGGAGGUUUUCAGCGUGCGAGUCUCAGGGCUUCAUUGAGCCGUCGAUUUAGUCAACAAGAUGCAUCAGGAGGCCUCUCUGUUUACAUCAACAAUUGCUUUACACCUGACGAUGAUGCCCAUCUUAGUUUCCCUCUGUAAUACCUCACUAAAUACUAACUGAAAUCGAGUUUCAUGUAUGUGUUAAUGACAGCCCAUCCUCCUGUUUAGUUAGUACUUAUAGUAACAAUAAGGAUCAUAGUACAUAUACGACGUAAUGGACAAUUAGACAGUAGAAAUCGUUACUAUUGAAUUUGGACAAACCAGAAAAGGUUUUGUAUUUAUGUUGUAAAGACAACCUAAACUAACCUAACCUUCCUAGGCCCAAUACACGCUAUUUGAGGCCUAAUAUAGUACAUAUAUGGCUAUACUAGGCGUAGGAAUAAUUUUUGUUUUUAGCUUGAUUUUAAUCGGACUCUUAUAGAGUGAAUAGUACCAAAUUCUAUUGUCUAAUUGGCAUUGACGUUAAUGCUUGUACUAUGGUGCAUAUAGCUACACAAAGUACUAUCUAAACAAGAGGAUGGAGUUGUCAAUAAUUAUAUAUUGACUUCGUGAAAGUCAUAUAGACCGUUUUAGUCCCCUUCCCCAUCAAAUUAACUACAGUAAUAUGCAUGUUAGAUCUUCGAUAAUCAAACGUUUAACAUGUUAAGCUCUUUAACUUUAUUAAGUUCAUACUCUUUUUUUUUUUUUUAGUAUUCCUUGAAAGAGAAGAAACUAUUCAUUUUAAUCACCAAACAUUUUUAAAAGGCAUACAAGACUAAAUAACAGGUGUUUAUGACUGUAACAGGCGUCCAAGAUUAUGUAACAGGCGUCUAUGACUAUGUAACAGGUAUCGGAGACUAUGUAACAGGUGUCCAGGACUAUGUAACAUUCUCAAGUCACAAUCGACUUCAGAAUGGUCCAGAACGAACCGAAACGUCGUCGUCCCUUCACUUUCUAGUGUGUGGUUUGGUCAACCUAUGUAACAGGUAUCGAAGACUAUGUAACAGAUAUCUAAGAUAAUGUAACAGGUAUCCAAGGAGCACCCAAGUUAACCUACACUUCUGACGACUUCCUUGAGAUGCAAGAACAGUUCUAUAUUUGAUCAAGUUGAAUUAAAUCAUCAUAAAUUAAGUUAUAUGAAUUUGUUUAUAACAAUGAUGGACGUUGGACACUGAUAUGAAUUCUUAUAAUUUUUUGAACUUAAACAUUUUGAAAUUUAACUGUGUUAUACCAUUGAAUGAAUAUUUUUCCUUUUGGACUUGAUUACAAUUUAUUUCUGGUGAAGGAGACUUAAUUGCAUGAAGAUCUGUUUUCGUGUCGAGUUUUUCUGCUCAAGACAACGCGUCUGAAGACAAUAUUUCUUGAGGAGGAUAAUUGCUCAUCAUCCGGCUAGUGCCGCACAAGGUGUCACCCAGCCAGUGCCACGCGAGGUGUCAUCCAGAUAAUAUCACACGUUUGGGGCAUUUUGAGCAUUAGAAUGGCUUUGAAGGAGAAAUUUUGACCAUUAGAAUGGUUUUGAAGGAGACAUCUUGAGCAUUAGAAUGGUUUUGUAGGAAGCAUCUUGAGCAUAAGUAUGACUAUGAAGGAGGCAUCUUGAGCACUGAGAUGUCUCUGAAGGAAGGAAGCAUCUUGAGAAUUAUAAUGGCUUUGAAGGAGGCAUCUUGAACAAUGGACAGCACUGAGGGAAGCAUCUUGGCUUUGAAGGAGGCAUCUUGAACAAUGGAUAGCAUUGAAGGAAGCAUCUUGGGCAUUGGGAUGACUUUGAAGGAAGCAUCUUGCAGUAUUCACACACCAGUUAUAAACAAUUAGUAUGGUGAUGACCGUGAGAAGCCACUAGUGACACAAGAACGAGGGGGUCUGGGAACGAAAGCGCUCUUCAGAGAGAGAUAUGGGUCUUGAUCUCAUGGGUCCUCACCUCAUGGGUCCUGAUCUCAUGGGUCCUCACCUCAUGGGUCCUGAUCUCAUGGGUCCUCACCUCAUGGGUCCUGAUCUCAUGGGUCCUCACCUCAUGGGUCCUGAUCUCAUGGGUCCUCACCUCAUAUUUGUAAUCUGACAGAUUUUCACGGCAUUAUCCUCUUUGUUGACCAUCUAGGAGAAAAAAAAUAUAUUUAAAUAGUUUAAGGAAACAUUUGUUUAUGUAUGUAUGUAUGUGAAUAACUUACUUGUAUAUAAUGUAGUUAUUGAUACAAGAA